GGAAGUUGCUUUGUUUUGCUUCAAGAUGGCUGCGGGGAUGUAUUUGGAACAUUAUCUGGACAGUAUCGAAAACCUCCCCUUUGAGUUGCAGAGGAACUUUCAGCUCAUGAGGGACCUAGAUCAAAGAACAGAAGAAGCAUUAGAUACCGUCUAUGGCCUUGGACUCUAGAAACUGUUGAGCAAGUUUGGCUGCAUGGAAGCAUUCACUUGGAGCCACUACAAUGGUCAGACCUGAAGGCUGAAAUUGACAAGUUGGCCACUGAGUAUAUGAGUAGCGCCCGCAGCCUGAGCUCCGAGGAAAAAUUGGCCCUUCUCAAACAGAUCCAGGAAGCCUAUGGCAAGUGCAAGGAAUUUGGUGACGACAAGGUGCAGCUUGCCAUGCAGACCUAUGAGAUGGUGGACAAACACAUUCGGCGACUGGACACAGACCUGGCCCGUUUUGAGGCUGAUCUGAAGGAGAAACAGAUUGAGUCAAGUGACUAUGACAGCUCCUCCAGCAAAGGCAAAAAGAAAGGCCGGACUCAAAAAGAGAAGAAAGCUGCCCGUGCUCGUUCCAAAGGGAAAAACUCAGAUGAAGAAGCCCCCAAGGCUGCCCAGAAGAAGUUAAAACUUGUGCGCACAAGUCCUGAGUUUGGGAUGCCCUCAGUGACCUUUGGCAGUGUCCACCCCUCUGAUGUGUUGGAUAUGCCUGUGGACCCCAAUGAGCCCACCUACUGCCUUUGUCACCAGGUCUCCUAUGGAGAGAUGAUUGGCUGUGACAACCCCGAUGUGAGAACCAGUUUGCCUCAGGAAGGGGUUCUUGGGGAGCAUUGUUCCAUCGAGUGGUUCCACUUUGCCUGUGUGGGGCUGACAACCAAGCCUCGAGGGAAAUGGUUUUGCCCACGCUGCUCCCAAGAACGGAAGAAGAAAUAGAUAAGGGAUUUCAGUACCACAAUUUCUUCUAUGUCCCCUGAUCUGGGCUAGUGGGGAGAGGAAUGCCUGUGCUGGGGCCAGGGGCUUCGGGGAGAAGUGGAUGCUGCAGUAUUGUCAUCCCUCUUCCUCCUCUCCCCCCACUCCUGGUGCUGAGGCUGCUUCUAAACCCUGGUAGGGAGGGGUUCUGCAGCCACUAACGGUAUGUGCUCUCCUUUAGCCCUCCCCCUUCCAAGGGAAGUGGUCUUGCCCACUCUCCUUUUGCCUCCAUGCUGAGGUCGGUGCUGUAUUUCAGAGGAUGGUCCUCUUUAUUCCCCCUGCUUUGUAUUUAAGGACUAGGGCAGUAGCAUGGGGGCACCUCCCCCAGCCUUCCGGUUCCCCCCCCCAUGGGGGGGCAAUGGUGUGAUAAACACUCUUCUCCAUUCUUUUCCUGCUUUUUCUGUGGUGGCGUUUUCCAGGUCACUUUGGCUAUGGCCCUAGUUGAAGGGGCACCCCUUCCUCUGUGCCCAGAGGAUUCAUGGUGGCCUUGUGAAUGGGGCAGGGUGCAAGGUGGAAUGCAAGUAACUCACAUGUAAAGGAAUUUGGGUAGGUGAAUAAAAGCUAUACAUGUUGGCCUGCUGUGUUUAUUAUACAGACACUCUUUUAGUUCAAUGUGCUAAGCAUUCUUUCUGUAUCCUCUGGGCUGGAUAAGAGGCAGGAAGAUGACAUACCAGAAGUAGGACAAGACAUGGAACCAGA